UUCCGUUUUUGUCGCAGACCUGAACACACGGGAGCUAGUAUUGAUCAGGGGGAAAGAGUAAAUUACUCUUAUCAGAACAAUAUAUUUCAUUUUGUCACCUCAUCAGCACUCCCUCUCGAAAAAAAAUUAUUCUCGAAAUAUUUUGCGAACAUCACACAUAGACUAUUGGAGGCGAUAUUGCAUGUCUACAUGGCGUGCCUAAAAUUAAUUCACCAAAUAAAUGGAUAAAAGUGUGCCACCAUCAGUAAGGUGAGCAAGGAAAUGCGCCCUGAAAUGUAUCAUGACACAUUCCAUCCAAUAGACCCUGAUGAUGAUGCAGGGAAGGCCAGUGCUCCUCCUGGUCAAGUGAGCGCACAUCUGCAUCUGCAGGUAUGAAACACUCCACCAAAAAGUCGGCAUUUCCAUCGAAGGUAUUUAUGGUGACGAUAACUACACAAGGUGUCAGCAAACCACCAUCCAAUUCUAUUUAACAAAAUAAUUUUCACAGGUGUGUCGACUGAAGCAAGAGAAUACAAAAUAAAUACUUGGUUUAAAUUCUAUUUUUCGAUAUUUAGACCUCUAUGAGGGAAUAUCCACUGGGUAUAUGUUGGUGUGAUGGUGGGGGAUAAACGUCGAUUUAACAGAUCUUUAAAAAAAAAAAGAAGAAUCGUCUUACAUGUUAUUGCUUUAUUGUGGUCGCCCCUGCUCGCAAAAUGUCCCCCGCACUUGAUGAAACCUAACACUAAAACCUUCCCGCAUUUUGUGUCACUACUAUUCUUUUCAUGAUUGCGCUGCUUUUACGGUGUAUUAAAGCAGACGUUCGUAAGUACAUAUCAAACGAGGUCUGCAGGCUGCUGAUAAGACCGCGACUGAUUAACCCUUCCCUCUCUCCAAAGAUUGCGUCCUCUGCAGCAGUCACAAACGUCUUGCUAGCAGAUGUGAUUUAAAAAAAAAAAUGUACAAUAGGUUUUAGUCACCUAAAAUAUAGUAAGCUUGCUGCAUGAAAAGCGUCAGACAUCAUCUAUUGCACUGCCUAGUAAAAAAGAAUACACCUUAAAAUCACAUAAAAUGAAAAAUUGCAAAAAAAUUACAUUUACGUCGCACAUGCGUGAGAGUGAACUUGAUAAGAGUCAAAAAUGAAACGACAAUGAAAAAAAUGAAUGAAUUAUGUUACUGUAUGCCUUGGGAAUGCACUACCACAUAGACAACUAUUGUUUGGAUAAAACACCGCUACAUCGUGCACCGGUCGAGUUCUGCGCAUUGUUUCAAUGUGCGCGGGUAGUCGCUGUCCAAUGUGCACAUGGUGCUGAAACGCAAUUAUAGCACCAAACAAAAGGGUCAGCAAAAGCAAAUAUUCGCCAGCGCCAUUUUCUAGACCUCGCUCUGUCGACUAAAGUUUUAUAUUUAAGUCAUCCACUCUCAUAUAUCUGAAUAUCACAAAAACACGCAACAUUCUCCCUCUCGGCUUCUUCAUUUUACAACUGUUCCAUUCGGAACGGCUCUUUUCUGAAUACAAAUAAAAUGCUUAAUUUCAGAAUUCAAUGCAGAAUACAAUAUAUUUUCAAAUCCAAACGGGAACUGCAAUGCACCUAUGCGUUGCAAUGUCAGCUUCAAAUGGAUAGACGGAUGAUAACUAAUUCACUGAACACUUUUGAGCAACUAUUGACAUAUUUGACCAUUUAGUGUGACAAUGCAUUAAAAAUAAAUGAUUCAAUGUUGUGAGAAGGCAAAGACAUUUCUUUAAGUGGCGUGGGGCGUGCACUAAAGCCAUGUGGCAAGUAGUGCCAAGAGCUUUAUUAGGUUUAAUGGAAUGUAUGUAGUCUGUGCCAUGAUUUAAAUGCAUGUGUGUAAACAGUGGCAGAUUAGAUAGGGGUGAGGUUGAGAAAUUACCAUCACAAGGUUCAUUUUCCGAUACAUUUUCGAUUUAAGAGGAAAAAAAGGAACAAAAUGAUAAAUACAAAUAAAAUGCGAGGAAAAGAUUUAAUAGAAAAACAUCCUAAAAAUACACUCACAGGUUUUAAACGAAGGUAAACAAAAACGAACUGGAUUAGAACUCUAAAUAGCUGAUAAAUGAACGAAACUAAAAUAUCUGACGACCUAAGGUUCUUUUUAAGACGAUUUGUAAGAUUAUUAUCUAUUGCCUUCAAUGAGAUUGCAUUGCGAAGGCCGCCAUUUUAUGAAUGAAUGAAGACUACCAAGUGGUCCCUUCAUUCAGCCAAAUCACCCAGCGAGUGAUUAAGUUAUAUUCAUCCUUUGUUAGGUUAAAAAUACACCAAACUAAGAAAUAAAGGCGGUAAAGGAAAAUUAAAACAAGCAAGCAAGAUAGGAUGAAAGACCCAAAUAAUUCCACAAGUGAAACGUUUACGCUACAUAGCUAAAACCUUGUGCAACUUUUACAAACUAAUUCCUAGUCCUACGAUAUGGUCGCCGUAGUAAUGGCCACAAACACUUGUCAAAUAACAAGAAUGCGCUUCCGUUACAAGUCUGUCUGCAGGGCCUCUUCAUAGCAUUUGUUUUGGAUAGGUUUUGUCCUCUUGCAACUGCAUAGCCAAAUGAAAAAACGCCUAUGUUGGGUUAAAAAUGGAAAAAUAUAGUAGCCUACCGCAAACAUGCACCGAUUCACCUGAAAAAAAAAAAAAAUGAACGAUGAAACUAGUCCAUGAAGUUCAGAGUUGGCGCACGGCGCUACUCACUUCUCUUUAUAUACACGUAAACUUACACACGUAUACAAGUCUGGAAAUGUCAUUGGGUGCCAUGAUAAACUUUAUUGUGGCUGAUGAGAAUGGGAGGGGGUUAGGGUGAAAGCACCUCCCCUAGAAAUGCAGCAAACCUCUCCCAUGUUCUGGCGCGGGAUUGCUGCGCACAGUAGGGGCUAGAGACGUGCUUUGCGCGGCAGUCAUUGCAUUGGCAGGCUGAUGAUGACACGUGUCUCCUCCUCGCCCCCCACCCCCAGGCUCCUGCGCACCGCUCCGGCAUCACUAACGGCUGAGGGGAACAGUGGAAGCGCUGCUACAACCACCACCACGGACUAUUCAUCCUGAAAAUCGGACCACUUUGUCCGUGGCACAAUUUGCAAGCGAGCGGACGGAUUGCGUGUUCCAUUGCGCAAAACGCUGGAAUUAUCGUGAAUGACCAAAAUAAGCGGCGCGCGACAAUGAUGAAGGAACCGAGACGCGACGUCUGAAGGUGACAUGAAACAAGGGAUUAUCAAUAGCAGCAGGUGUACUUUUAAUAAGAAUUGGAGAUAACAAGUGAGGCGUUGGCAAGUAUUCCUCUUCACAAGGUUUUUAUUAAUGCGUAGAAAGAAAGCCUAAGUAUAGAGCAUUAAAACUUGAUUAUUCACAGUAGUAUAUAAAUAGGUUUUGUUUUAAAAGAGCAAACAUGGCAACCUUAAUCCGCGGCAAGAUUUCGAACAAGAUAAACAAUGCAGCCACCACAGUGUCCAAUAAAUCGCAGGCGAAGGUUAGUGGGAUGUUCGCCAGGUUGGGUUUCCAGGCCGCCACAGACGAGGAGGGUCUGGGCUUCGCCGCAUGCGAUGAUUUGGAUUAUGACCAUAGGCAGGGGCUACAGAUGGACAUAAUGAAAAAUGAGGCGAUGGGAGGGGAAGGCAGUGGGGAAAUGGGCGGGGAUGGCACGGUGGAUGGGGACAGCCACUACCAGAGAGAAGGUACCGGACCCCCACCUUCCACCUCGAAAGACAACGGACUUUGCGAUGAACUGGCUGCUCAAGAUAAGCCAAGCAUCACCACUUGGGAGGCAGGUUGGAACGUCACCAAUGCCAUCCAGGGAAUGUUCGUUCUUGGGUUACCAUAUGCCAUUCUCCACGGCGGAUACCUCGGACUGUUUCUCAUCAUUUUUGCCGCGGUGGUGUGCUGCUACACGGGCAAGAUCCUCAUCCAAUGUCUGUAUGAAGAGAACGAAGAUGGACAGCUGGUGCGAGUAAGAGACUCGUACGUGGACAUUGCCAACGCCUGCUGUGCGCCCAGAUUCCCAACCAUCGGUGGUCGUAUAGUGAAUGUAGCCCAGAUCAUUGAGUUAGUGAUGACCUGCAUUCUGUACGUGGUUGUAAGCGGCAACCUGAUGUACAACAGCUUUCCCACCCUUCCUGUAUCACAGAGGUCAUGGGCCAUCAUCGCCACUGUGGUCCUCCUCCCCUGCGCCUUCCUCAAGAACCUCAAAGCUGUGUCCAAGUUCAGCUUGCUGUGCACAAUGGCUCAUUUUGUCAUCAAUGUCCUGGUGAUCGCCUACUGUCUCUCCAGGGCGCGAGACUGGGCCUGGGACAAAGUGAAGUUCUACAUCGAUGUCAAGAAGUUUCCCAUUUCAAUUGGGAUUAUCGUGUUCAGCUAUACGUCGCAGAUAUUCCUGCCGUCGCUGGAAGGGAACAUGUCGAAUCCCUCCGAGUUCCACUGUAUGAUGAACUGGACGCACAUUUCUGCUUGUAUCCUCAAAGGCCUCUUCGCCCUAGUGGCCUACCUCACCUGGGCAGACGCCACCAAGGAGGUCAUCACAGAUAACCUGCCAGGAGGUAUCAGGGCAGUUGUCAAUCUCUUCCUGGUGUCCAAGGCUUUGCUCUCGUACCCUUUGCCAUUCUUUGCUGCUGUAGAGGUCUUGGAGAAAUCGUUUUUCCAAGACGGGGGACGUGCCAUAUUCCCAGACUGUUAUGGCGGAGACGGACGCCUGAAAUCAUGGGGCCUCUCUCUCCGAUGUGGCCUUGUCGUGUUCACCAUGUUCUCGGCCAUCUUCGUGCCCCACUUCGCCUUGCUCAUGGGCCUGACGGGAAGCCUGACGGGCGCCGGCUUGUGCUUUUUGCUUCCCAGCCUGUUUCACCUGAAGCUUCAGUGGAGAAAUCUCCUGUGGCACCAGGUGUUCUUCGAUGUUGCUAUAUUUGUUAUUGGGGGUAUAUGCGCUAUUUCUGGUUUUAUUCACUCAAUGGAGGGUCUCGUAGAAGCAUAUACACUGAACAUUGAGGAUUAGUGUAGUCGGUACUAGAAGUUACCGCACAUUCCCACAAAAUGAGUAAAUGAGUUUCCCCAUGCGAGUGCAGUCCUCUUGCUUUGACUAAAGUUCAUGCGACACCAACCUCGCGCAGUCACUCACAAUGCACACGCACGUGUGCGCACACGGAUAGCCUGCUACUACACGCCAGCACGCACACAUCCACACCCUCUGUCUCUCUCACAAGCCCGUGCGUGCUGCAUAAAAACCUGAACACACACACACACACACACACACACAUACAUACAUACAUACAUACAUACACACAUCAUAAAACAUGGACCCCGAAAUGUGUAUAAGUAGGAAAACAACAAAUUAAUUUAAAACAUGUUUCAGUGUAGUAAGUUUACAAAAUAAUAGGUCGACAAAGAUGUAUUGGGUUGUAUUUUUGAUCACCCUUGGGAUUUUCCCAAAUCAAAGAUCAUUUCAUUUGACAUAUUGAGUGGUGUUGUUUGGGGAACCCUAUAUGGUGACAAAGAGAUGGUACGAAAGUUGUGAACUGACAUAAGUGAUUUCUUGUUCUGACCCUCAAUUCUUAAUUUGCAAACACACGAGAGAACAUGAUAUUUUGUGGACCAUUAAUGGUAAUAAAUCGAACGAAAUGAGAUUUUCCGUUUCGUGUGUCGGUAGGUCAAAAAAAAAAACGCUGACGUUAUAAUUCAGACACUAGGCUAUUUCCAAAAUACACUAGGGCAUUUUAUUAUCGGUGAUCUGGAAUUCGACCAAAUCGUAGAGAGGACAGAGGUCUUCGAGUAACUAUAACUAUGCAUUUUGAAUGUACAAUAUUCAUGCACUGAAUUGUCACUGAAGUUUGCUGGGGAAUUAUACAUAUAUUUGCAGUGUUUCAUUUUCAAAUGUAUUAUACAUUGAACCGGUUGAAUUGAUACUCCACACAUCUUAAAGGAAGAAGAUGGGGGAAAAAACAACAGGAUAAAAUUAUAAAGGAAGAAAGCUCUACAAAUAUUUCGAUUAUUUCAUUGAUUGAUAAUUUGUGAUUUUAAUAUGUUCCCGUUUUCUUAAUAAGACUCGUCUUAAACUGGCGAUGUUCCCAGAAGAAGUUGAUUUGUUAAUGGUCCAGAAAUUACGUGUCUAAAUCUUAUUCUGAAAAGAUUAAAUGAGAUAAAAACGUGCAUAAAGACAUUUUUCAUUCUGUGCAAUCCAAGGGUCCUGUGGAAGUGUAAUAAAACCGUAUGUGUAGUGUUAUUGUGGUUUCAAAAAGAUGGAAUGUAUAUCACAAAAGCGUUAUUAUAUAUCGUGAAAAUGAAUAUAUUGAAGAAUAAAGACAUACGUGAAAUUCUAUUGUA